ACGGUCGGUCCUAUCUGCGUCGCCGCCUCGUUGUGGGCAGCUCAUCGAUCCACAGAAGCACAUCAACUUUCUCAGCCCCUUAACCAAUGAUACCUAUCGGGGGCCUCCCAGAGUCAUGACUGUAAGUCCUGAACCAUUGUAUCUGAGCUAAUGCUCUGCUUUCCAGAGCGGGCUUUGCCUCGUAACGACCCCACAGCGGCGACGGUCGAUGAGCGCCAACAGUCACGGUAACAUCGUGACAAUAUGUCACUGCAUAGGGAGGAAACAACGCAUUGUCUUCGUAGACGUAGACAGCAGAUAGCAGAUGAAGAAUAUCCAAGAAAUCCGCGUGAUAUAGGCAGAAGAGCUUCCCAACGCAAGCCAACCGGCGUCAAGAUUCAAGAUUACUAUCGACUGAGGAAGAUCACGGCUGACCAGGUCCUCGUUAUAUGGGUGUCGAACAUACACCAGUCACGACGCAUCCUGGUUGGCAUCCAAUGCUUGCUCGUGGACAGCGACAGCAUACCGUUCGGAUAUAUGCCAGUUUCCCAUCCAAAUGCGCGACGCAAAGCAUGGUCGCAUCGCAUGUCCUUCCAUAUUACAUCCACCCAACGCAGAACCGUUUAUGAAAGGAGAGGAAGAUUGUAUAUGUCGAGCAGGACGUACCUCUCGUUCCGUCGCUGGCUGUCAUUCGCGACUCCCGCAAAGCCGAAGCGUGGCCUAUGGGGCUAGAAAACGCGUCCGGUCCUUUUCCCAUACAGUAUCAUCAUGGCGGAAUGAGCAGCGUGGGCCGCUGCGCGGUGCGCGGUGAUCGCAGCGAUUUGCGUCGCCUCCAUCCGCGUCGACAGAGCCUCAGAGUUCAUGAUAAUAUCAUGAGGAGCUGUCGGUCGU